AAUAUUAUUGUGUCGAUAUCAAGGAUUAGCAUUUUUAAAUAAGUGAUGACAAAGAAAUAGAUUUCAUUUGUCAUUCUCUAACUUCCUGUUCAGAUGUAGGAAUCUCUGGGUCUCUAAAAGUCAAAAAUGAUGACAACGCCAUUAUAAACUCAAAAGUUUUGUAAUUAUAGUUCACAAACUGCAGCUGUCACACUGACUGCAUUUUAUAUUUAUACUCUUUCAUUCUUUCGCUCUGAGUAAAAAUGGAUCUGAGUAAAAAAGAAAUAAGGUUGGGAUGACAUCUACUUUGGCUAAAAGCUGCAGUAGGUAACUUUUAUAAAGAAUAUAUUAUUUUCAUAUUUGUUAAUACCAUCACCAUGUCGUGACAGUAUGUUAUGAUAAUAUGUGGAAAAGAUAAUAUGUGGAAAAGACCAAUUCCCUUCACCUCCUCCGCUCCCGACAACAAACAACCAAUCAGAGCAAGGUGGAGGGUCUUAGCACUGUCAAUCAAUGCUGCUAAAUAUGCUAAUGGUGAGCAAUAACUUACCGUGCACCGUCAUCUUUGGCCAUGCUAUCUAGCCUUAGCAUUCGAAGAGGGAUGAGGAGCUCCACAUUUUAUUGUGAUUGACAGUGCCAAGUCCCGCCUCCUGGCUGUGAUUGGUUGUUUCCAGUUACCACUGGGAGCACUUUGAAAAGUCAGAGGCACUCGAUCUUUUCCCAGAUUAUCUGUUUCAUUCCACACUGUCACAAAAUACUGACAGUUUCAACGAAUAUGUGUAUUUUUUUAAUAUAAAAGUUACAUACUGCAGCUUUAAUGCACAGACAGCUUGAUAAAUAGACUUUUCUCAUCCUACAUUUGUUUUGACAAGUUUCUCUGCUUUAGAAAAUACUUCAAAAAAGUUAAAUUCUGCAUAAAGACUAUUUAAAAAUAAUUUACAUAAGUAGGAAGACAUCAUGUUUUACAGGAAUAAUGUCUUCCGAACUGCCAUCUGUGUGUAAUUAACAUAAAUGUGUGUUUCACUUAGUGAUAAAGUUCCUGAAAUAAAUAGACUUUUAUUGAAUGCAUUAAGGGAAAGAUGGACUGUCCUUUGUGUGUGCGUGUGUGUGUGUGUGUGUGUGUGUGUUUUCCAGGCUUAUGUGUGGAAAUGUGAGAAGGUCAGACCAUAGGAGAGGUCUUUUCAUGUCUGUCCGUAUAUGAGCGCAGCGCAGAGCCGUAAUCAUUGUGCUGCUCUGCUCCGGACCGUCUCACUCUAAUACAGCUUAAGGUCAUUGCAGUGUGUGCUGGUCCAGUUCUGAUCGUCACCUGACUUUAAUCUAACUGCUCCCAAAGACUGUAACCAUGAGUGUUUCACACGAGACCUGCCUGCUGGACCAGGUGUUGGAGCUUAUUAUGAAUGAGAAGCCACCCAACAGUGCAAGCCUUUUUCUAAACGAGGACACAGAAAGACCAACGUUGCCGGACAAAGUUGACCUCAGGAGGCGUUUUCGCAGAGCCAUGGAGAAGAGAGCAGGCAGCAUGAGGCAGAGGAUCGGCUCCAUCAGCAAGAAAAGCCUCAAAGGUUUCUUCAGGAGGAACCUGUUCGUUUUGUUCACAGUGGCUUCUGUGGUUCUGGGUGUAAUCCUAGGCUUUGCUCUACGACCCCAUAACCUGUCCAUGAGGGAGAUAAAAUACUUUUCCUUUCCUGGGGAGCUCCUGAUGAGGAUGCUGAAGAUGCUAGUGCUGCCGCUGAUUGUCUCCAGUCUGGUCACAGGUAUCUCCUCGUUGGACAGGAGAGCAUCGGGAAAGAUGGGUUUGCGCGCAGUGGUCUACUACAUGGUGACCACACUGAUCGCAGUGUUUAUCGGCAUCGUGAUUGUCAUGAUCAUCCGUCCUGGGAAAGGCAGCAGGGACAGUCCUGCGGUGAAAAGCGGAAACAUUGAAUCCAUUCAGGCUACUGAUGCUUUUCUGGACCUCAUCAGGAACAUGUUUCCCCCCAACCUGGUGGAAGCGUGCUUCAUUCAGCAUAAAACUGUGUACAAGAAGACUGUUUCCACAAGAAACGUGACAGUGACUCUCAACCUCACCGACUUGCUUAACAUAACAGACUCUCCUCUGAAUGAAAACCUCACAAGGGUGCAACGCACCAUACAGGAGACAGUGGAGGAAACGGUUCCUGUGUCUGGUUCCUCGGCCGGCGUGAACGCUCUGGGUCUGGUCGUCUUCUCCAUGUGCUUCGGUCUGGUCAUUGGCAACAUGAAAGAGCAGGGGCACGCUCUUAAAGAGUUCUUUGACUGCUUAAACGAGGCCAUAAUGAGGCUGGUAGCCGUCAUCAUUUGGUACGCUCCAGUUGGAAUCCUGUUUCUGAUUGCUGGGAAAAUAGUGGAGAUGAAGGAUCUGGCAGAAGUGGGUGGUCAGUUGGGGAUGUACACAGUGUCUGUCAUUGUGGGUCUUCUAAUCCAUGGACUCUUCGUCCUACCGCUGCUCUACUUUCUGGUUACCAGAAGGAAUCCCUAUAGUUUCAUCGGUGGCCUGCUGCAGGCCCUUAUCACCGCUUUAGGGACAUCGUCUAGUUCUGCUACUCUGCCCAUCACUUUCCGAUGUCUUGAAGAAAACAACCACGUCGAUAAACGAGUGACUCGCUUCGUCCUUCCCGUGGGUGCCACCAUCAACAUGGAUGGCACCGCGCUCUAUGAGGCUGUGGCGGCCAUCUUUAUCGCUCAAGUCAACGACAUGGACCUAAACUUUGGGCAGAUUCUCACCAUCAGUAUCACAGCAACGGCUGCCAGCAUCGGAGCAGCAGGCAUCCCUCAGGCUGGCCUGGUGACCAUGGUGAUCGUAUUGACAUCGGUGGGACUGCCCACAGAGGACAUUACACUGAUCAUCGCCGUGGAUUGGUUCUUGGAUCGUUUGCGCACCACCACCAACGUGCUGGGCGACUCGCUCGGUGCCGGCAUCGUGGAAUAUCUUUCUCGUGAAGAACUGCAGAAUCAAGAUGCUGACUUGCGAAACUCUGUGAUAGAGGAGAAUGAGAAGCCAUACCAGCUCAUCUGCCAGGAUAAUGACACACUGAACCACCUCAACAACGAGACCACGAUGUGAGGAAAUUUGUUUUCACCUGAAAGGACUUAACAAAUCAAUAACAUUUCAGCAAGAAAGUGAGAAUCGUUGAGAUAGAGGACUUUCUUGAACACCUUAAAUUGGAAUUGGUUAAAUAAGCUGCGUCUUCUGCAACAAAUGAGGCAUUCUUAAAGGGAGGGAGUAGUAUGUAAAAUCAGCUUUUUGAGCUUUACAUCAUGUUAUAAUGUUGUUCCCUCAUCUAAAACACAUCUGGAGAGUUGCUUUGUUUCUUUCAUGCAUGUUUGAGGAAUCAUUCAAUCUCCUGUGGCAGUCAUUUGGAUUGCCUAAACUCUAGCUCCCACAAUGCACCAACUAUUUCCACAAAGCUCCUUCUUGGAGCUGCAGUCCCAAAGUCGAACUUCCCCCUUACAGAGCACAACUCAGUCACAAUUUCCCCACUCUGCUCCUUCAGUCUACUGACAGCGACAAUUAGGAAUUGCUGAGCUCUGCUGAGCUCAUCAUGCGAACAGCUUCCAAUCUCCAGCGUUGCUAAACGUACUAUGGAGAAGCAUCGUUAUGAUCACGUGCUGAGGGCGGAGUGUCAGAGAGAGCAGAAGCUUCUUAAAGAGACAAACGCCCAAUUUCAAGGCGUCAAACUAUAAAGUCAAAUUUCUUUUGUUAUA